AUGGUAGCGAUGAGGUUUUCUGUAGCUGCUGCGGUUCUGCUUCCGCUCUUCGGCCAGUCCGCAGUCUUUGGUCUGCUUCCCACGCUGGACCUGGACCGGGACCGCUCCUUCAGGAUGCGGACCGUGGCGCAGGACUCGUCCAUCCCCCCGGAACUACCUGUGAUCUGGACCGAGCUGGUGGGAUUGAGACAGCUAGUACUCAGUCUUCAGGCGGCGGUGGUGGACCAGCGCCAGGCCCUCCGGACUUCCGAAAGCCGCCAGAGGGACGGACAGGAGGCAGCGGAGAAGCAGAGACGGCAGCUGGACUCCGUGCAGGUACAGAUAGAGGCGGACAGGAAGAUGGUCUUCGGUCUUCAGGCGGCUGCGGUGGACCAGGGCCAGGCCCUGCGGACCGCCGAGACCCGUCUGAGGGACGGUGAGGAGGGGGCGGAGAAGCAGAGAUGGGUUCUGGACUCAUUGCAGGUCCAGAUGGAGGCAGACAGAAAGAUGGUGAGCGAGAUCCAUGCUGACCUCAGGAAGAGGGAGGAGCACCAGCAAGAGGAAGUGUGGAGACUGCAGUCCAGACUGAACACCAGUGAAAGUUCUGUGGAGGACUUGCAGAAGAAGACAUCAUUCCUGGCCGGCGAACUUCCCUUCCUGAGGACGAGGCUGAGGUCCAGUGAGAGCGCCCUGGACCAGCUUAGGAGGAAGAGCGCAGUCCUCGCGUCUCGCCUUUGCCUGGUGGAGGAUCUGAGGAAGCGGAGCUCAGUCGAGGACUUAGAGGUCCAAGGCCAUCAGAACGCCAGCCAGGGUCACAUGGCGGCCUCGAGUGCGGACCAAGAUGGCCGACGGUGGGAGGAGAAAUCCCGUCUGGACACAGAUUCAUCACAUCUACACCACAACGUGAGUGCUCUCCAUGCUCGACUGCUGCACCUUGAGGGCAAAGUGAUGACUACAGAAAGACACCUACAGGACAUCAGCGAUUCAUCACAUCUACACCACAACGUGAGCGCUCUCCAUGCUCGACUGAUCCACCUGGAGGGCAAAGUGACGAUAGGAGAGCGACACCUACAGGACGUCAGAGGCUUGAUUCUGGGGGUCAGGACUGUGGUUUUAUGUUUGCCUGCAGCUGCUGUGGUGAACACACUGAACGACACACAGACACAAAGUGAAGGGUUGCAGGUGCGACUGAGUGUGGUGGAGAACCUUGUGGAGGAUCUGCAGACUGACAAGUCAAUCCAGUCAAGUCAACUUUCCAGCAUGGAAGCACAACUGUCUGACGGGCGCAACAACACCUCAGCUCUCGAGGGCAGCUUGAGGUCGGCCGAGGCUCGCGUGGAGAAGCUGAAGGUUCUGUGCUCAGCUCAGACAACGCAAACGUCCGACAUAGGCGCACGACUAGCGCGCAACAUGGACGACACCGCAGCGUUGGAGGUCCGACUGAACGUCAGCGAGAAACUUCUGGAACAACUCAAGACUCACAGUGCAGUGUUUCAGGCGGAGUUGAAUACGAGCAAGCAGAAGCUGAACACCUGGAAGGCGACAACCGAAGAGUUGAGCUCACGUUUGCAUGUUUUGGAGCAACGCGGCACGCAGACGUCAGGCGAGACCAAGGUGGCUUUCGCCGCUGCGCUCACCGACUCGGGAUCCGUGGGACCUUUUGACCGGGAGACCACUGUGAUCUUCUCCAAGGUUUUCGCCAACGUCGGGCGGGCGUACAACGAGACCUCGGGCCUGUUCACGGCCCCCAUGGACGGCGUUUACGUGUUCAGCUUUACGGCGGCCGACUUCCUGAAAGGCUACAUGGGCGUCACCCUGUACCGCAACCAGCAGCCGAUCGUCUCCAGUCUGGACCUCAACGACCACGGCGGCUACGCGUCAGCCACCAAUGGCGCACUAAUCCCGCUGGAGGCGGGAGACCGCGUACGCCUCAGCCUGCCCGCCAGCUACAGACUCUAUGACGACACGCGCAGCUUUAGCGUCUUUAGCGGAUUUCUGCUAUUCCCGCUUGAGGCCGAUCAAUAAAUAGUCUUUUUCUACUCACAUACUAACAUAACAGACAAUGUUCAUCCCCAAGCACAAUGUGACAUGCUAACAUAAGAAUGUCCUACUCAGGAACAACUUGACGUGCUAGCAUCCACGCUAACAUAAUCAAAUCUUCUGCCCGGAAAUCACAAACGUGACUCAGCAGUAAGUAGUACAUGAGAUGCUAAUGUGUUAGCAUCCAUGCUAACAAAAGCAGACAUUGUUGCAAACAUUUAUUUUAGAACUUUUUAAAUAUCUCUCAAAAGUUGUGACAUUUUUUGAGGUCAACUGUAACUCAUCCAGCUGUUAUGUUUCCAUGGUUACAGGGAACAGGAAGUGAUUAAAUCAAUAAAGUUUUGUUAAAAUUG